AUGGAGUGGCUUCGGCUGUUCUUUCUCCAUCCUAUAUCAUUUUACCAGGGGGCUGCAUUUCCCUUUGCACUUCUCUUCAAUUAUCUCUGCAUCAUGGAUUCAUUCUCCACUCGUGCCAGGUACCUCUUUCUCCUGGCUGGAGGAGGUGCCCUGGCCGUGGCUGCCAUGGGUCCCUAUGCCGUGCUCGUCUUCACCCCUGCUGUCUGCGCCGUGGCUCUCCUCUGUUCCCUGGCCCCGCGGCAAGUCCACAGGUGGACCUUCUGCUUUCAGAUGAGCUGGCAGACCUUGUGUCACCUGGGUCUGCACUACACUGAGUAUUAUCUGCAUGAGCCUCCUUCCGUGAGGUUCUGCAUCACUCUUUCUUCUCUCAUGCUCUUGACCCAGAGGGUCACGUCCCUCUCUCUGGACAUUUGUGAGGGGAAAGUGGAGGCAGCAUCUGGAGGCAUCAGGAGCAGGAGCUCUUUGUCUGAGCAUGUGUGUAAGGUGCUGCCCUAUUUCAGCUACUUGCUCUUUUUCCCUGCUCUCCUGGGAGGCUCUCUGUGCUCCUUCCAGCGAUUUCAGGCUCGUGUUCAAGGGUCCAGUGUUUUGUAUCCCAGGCACUCUUUCUGGGCUCUGAGCUGGAGGGGUCUGCAGAUUCUUGGACUAGAAUGCCUAAACGUGGCAGUGAGCACGGUGGUGGAUGCAGGAGCGGGACUGACCGAUUGCCAGCAAUUCGAGUGCAUCUAUGUCGCGUGGACCACAGCUGGGCUUUUCAAGCUCACCUACUACUCCCACUGGAUCCUGGAUGACUCCCUCCUCCACGCAGCGGGCUUUGGGCCUGAGCUUGGUCAGAGCCCUGGAGAGGAGGGAUAUGUCCCCGAUGCGGACAUCUGGACCCUGGAAAGAACCCACAGGAUAUCUGUGUUCGCAAGAAAGUGGAACCAAAGCACAGCUCAAUGGCUCCGACGGCUUGUAUUCCAGCACAGCAGGGCUUGGCCUUUGUUGCAGACGUUUGCCUUCUCUGCCUGGUGGCAUGGACUCCAUCCAGGACAGGUGUUUGGUUUCCUUUGCUGGGCCGUGAUGGUGGAAGCUGACUACCUGAUUCACUCCUUUGCCAAUGAGUUUAUCAGAUCCUGGCCGAUGAGGCUGUUCUAUAGAACCCUCACCUGGGCCCACACCCAGUUGAUCAUUGCCUACAUCAUGCUGGCUGUGGAGGUCAGGAGCCUCUCCUCUCUCUGGUUGCUCUGUAAUUCGUACAACAGUGUCUUUCCUAUGGUGUACUGUAUUCUGCUUUUGCUAUUGGCGAAGAAAAAGCACAAAUGUAACUGA